AUGUUCCUCUCACAACGAACAGAUUUUGCCUUAUAAAAGCCCCUAGAGAUGCGCUUCCUCGUGUUUAACCUCCUGCAAUUUCUCUUUGCAGUUUGCAAUAUACUAACCAUUUCCGUUUCAUCCUUUCCGGCCAUCUCUCUCUCCCUCUUCAUGGGAGAUCCUCCACGUUCGGCGAUGACUGAUUUUUACAGCAUCCUCGAAAUACCGAAAGAUAUAUGCAAGGCAUACAAGGUCCUUUUCACGAAAUUGAAUCCCGACAAGAGCCCGAAGAACAAAAUCGAAACAGAAUCCAAAUCCAUUUCCCUCGAUGAAUGGCACAAGGUCCUCAAUGGAGAAACGGAGGAAGAAACUACAAUCAGCAAUGACCCAACAACACCUGCAGGUUCCAGUCAUUAUCAAAAUGACGAUGGUACGUUCUUUACACGCCACGCUUCCUUAUUCUCGAGGAGUUCAAGUAGAAGAAGCAAAACGCCGACGCCAAGCCCGCGCUCAUCGAGCCACAGUUCAAGCCGCCGGAGAUGCACCACCCCACUAUCAAGAAGCAUGAGCAGAAGGGGGUCCUCAGAAACUGAAAUACCUACACUCUUGUUCUCGAGAAAUUCGAGAAGGACCAGCUCAGAAACGGAAGCAUCUCUACUAGGAAAGAUGAGUUACAUAGAAACAGAAAAGCCUCCUUCUCUAUCAAGAGAUACGAGCCGAAGGGGCACCACCCCCAUCAUAUUCUCGCAAUCAGCUGCACGAAGAAAACCACCUCCAGUUGAGAUGAAGCUCGAGUGCACGCUUGAGGAGUUGUGUGAAGGAUGUCUCAAAAAGAUCAAGAUCACAAGAGAUGCCAUCACCAAUACUGGGAUGAUUAUCCAAGAAGAGGAGAUAUUGAAGAUACAAGUAAAGCCAGGAUGGAAUAAAGGAACAAAGGUGACAUUUGAGGGAAAGGGUGAUGAGAAACCAGGCUACCUUCCUGCUGAUAUAAUCUUCGUGAUAGAUGAAAGAGACCACCCAUUAUUUACGAAGGAAGGUUUCGAUUUGGAAAUAGGAGUUGAGAUCCCUCUAGUGAAUGCGCUCACAGGAUGUUCAAUCCCAAUUCCUCUAUUAGGAGGGGAAAAGAUGACAUUGUCGUUUGAUGAUAUCAUAUAUCCGGGCUACGAAAAGGUCAUUCGGGGCCAAGGUAUGCCUAUCCCUAGAGAACAAGGAAGGAGAGGUGAUCUUCGAAUCAAGUUUCUAGUUGAGUUUCCCACAGAAUUGAGUGAUGAACAACGAGCUCAAGCAUCUAGAAUACUACAUGAUUGUACUUGAUCGUAAUCAUAUUACUGUUUUUUCAUCUCCUUUACUAACAAAAAUCUACGUACCCGAGGAAGAAAAAAGUGUUCACUUAUUUGAUACUCAAGUUUUGAGACUCCUUGUAAUAUCAUGUAUAUAGUUUUUCAACAAUACAUUCCAAAAUUGUAAUAUCAUGUAUAUAUAAUGCCAUUCAUGAAUGUCGCAUUUGACUUGAAAUGAAAGUUGUUCAUCGUCCCACCAAA